UACUGGAUGAUUUCAGUCAAAAGGCAUAGUUAUUAUCAUAAGAAAAAGUCCUGCAAGAAAGCACAUGUUGCCACUUUACUCAUUAUUGAAAUGCCCUUAUGACUGUCAGAGAGUACAGGUAAGCUGCCAGAGAAGGCAGAGAAAGAGAGAUCAAAGUGUUUUUGUUUACUUCUUUGAAGUCUAGUAGUAUCUACUGUUUACCAUGCCCACUUCUUGAUUCAUGCUGAAAAUUGGAAUUCACCCAUUUCUCUCUUUUUCCUGUCUAAGAUGCAGAUGGGGCACAUUUCGUUGACUCCAUCAAUCCCUGCCCCCACGCAUUAGCACAUGCACACGUAUACCUAGCCAGUGGAAAAGAAAAACGAGUUACUCACAUUCAUCCAUUCUACAAAGAUUUCCAGGCUGCAAUGGGAGGGCUUUACCUCUCCCUGAAGGAUGAAUAAAUAGGUAGCUUUACUGACAACCUGUUCACAGUCAAACUGAAGUGAAAACUGAGACCAAGGUCUUGUUCUACUGGCACUUAUGAGAUCCAGUCCUGGCAACAUGGAGAGGAUAGUCAUCUGCCUGAUGGUCAUCUUCUUGGGGACAGUGGCCCAUAAAUCAAGCUUCCAAGGCCAAGAUCGCCUCUUGAUUAGAAUGCGUCAACUUAUAGAUAUUGUUGAUCAGCUGAAAAAUUAUGUGAAUGACUUGGAUCCUGAAUUUCUGCCAGCUCCAGAAGAUGUAAAGAGACACUGUGAGCAGUCGGCUUUUUCAUGUUUUCAGAAGGUUCAACUAAAGUCAGCAAAUGCAGGAGACAACGAAAAGAAAAUCAAUGUAUUAAUUAAACAGCUGAAGAGGAAACUACCUCCCACAAAUGCAGAGAGAAGACAGAAACACAGACCAACAUGCCCUUCAUGUGAUUCUUAUGAGAAAAAACCACUCAAAGAAUUCCUAGAAAGACUGAAAUCACUCAUCCAAAAGAUGAUUCAUCAGCAUCUCUCUAGAACACAUGGAAUAUGAAGAUUCCUGAGGAUCUCACUUGAAGCUGGACACUAUAUUACAUACUCUAACAUAGCAGGGAAACUCACUUCUUGGUAUUCCAAAUGAAGGAGGACAAUAUAUUAGUGAUGGGGAACCGAACUCAGAUAAGUGUUCCAAGUCAGGACUAUUUCCCCCAAAUUGCUAUGCAACACUUCAGUUUGAUUCACAUGCUUUGCGUUUGGUCAACUUGAAAAAACUUCCUACUCAAUUAGAGUCUAAUUUCCUCUGUUAUGGAUUUCUAUGACUUCUAAAGUUUUUAUUUUAUCUUACUGCCCAAUAUAACAUUUCUUGGUUGGGGGAAAAGCUCAAAAAUUUGAAUCCAAAAUAACAAUUUUGGAUUUAUUGAUCUUAUAUUAGCCUUGAUCUUGAUUACUACAAGAAUGAGGUCUCUGACAAUCAUAACUUAAAACUUAUAUACCUUUAUUCAAGCUGAGAAAUAUAGAGGCAUAGGAUCAAAAUGAAAAGUUGAAGUCUUUUUCUUUUAAGGAAAUGAAAACUGAGAGUUUAAAAUGUAUAUCUGAAGAGUUUACUUUUUAUCUCAGAAUGUCUAACAUAUAAAUAUAUAUUUUAUUUAUGUA